CGGGCUCCACCUUCGUCCUGGUACCGACACCAUGAAGCUGUAUCUCCUGCUGCUUGCCGUAUUUGUGGUCACAGAACGGGUGAUGUCAGGCAAAAACCCUGUCCUUCAAUGCCUGGGUAACAAAGGUUUCUGUAGGUCUUCCUGCAAAAAGGAUGAACAGCCUUACUUCUACUGCAGAACUUACCAGACAUGCUGCCUCCAGUCCUACAUGAGGAUCAGCCUCACAGGCACAGAUGAGGACACCAACUGGUCCUAUGAGAAACACUGGCCCAAAAUACCAUGAAUGCCGGUGAACACCAUGCACACACCUCCAGGGAGCCCUCCCUGCUGCCCACCUCCUUAUUAAAGUUCAUGCAUUUGA